CAGCGAGAGGCUGCUAGGGAUGAGUUAGCUCUCGCGGGAAGUGGUGUCGUUGCUUUGGUAACGGCGUCGCGGUCGUGAAAGAUGGCGGGGCGAGGUCUUGGCGCCCGGAGACGGCCCGUUUCAGGAACUCGGCUCCCGCCGCGCGUUCGGCAGCCUGCUACACCUAGGCGGGACCUCCUCGACAAGGAGGAAGAAUAUAAGCGUUUAAAUGCAGAAUUGGAGGCAAAAACAGCUGAUCUGGUUCGACAAGCUGACGAAGUAAUAAGAGAUCAGCAAGAAGUACGAUCUAGGCCUACUUCAACACAAAUUAAAUCAUGUGAAGAGGAAGAUGAUUACAGUUUAAGAAGCCUAUUAUCCUCUGAAGGGACAGUUUAUCUACAUUCAGAAAUUAAGCCAAAGACCAAAAACGUUGAUCCAGUAAACAAGGUUCAAAACAAACUAAACUCUACAAAUAAAGGAAGGAAAACAAAUUCAAGUAUAAAAUUGAAAUACCCUGAUGUACAGACUGUCAAUGAUGUUGCCAUUCCGGAGGAUUUCUCAGACUUUUCUUUUGCAAAAACAGUUAGCAAAAUUGAAGAACAACUGGAAGAAGAAGGCUUACCUGAUUAUAUAGAAGAUGAUAUUUUUUGUGGUGUUAGUAAAGACAUUGGAACAGAAGCACAGAUCAGAUUUCUGAAGGCUAAACUUCGUGUUAUGCAGGAGGAAUUGGAUAAUGUUGUAUGUGAAUGCAAUAAAAAGGAAGAUGAAAUCCAGGAUUUAAAGUCUCAAGUAAAAAAUUUUGAAGAAGAUUGUGUGAGACAGCAGCGAACAAUUAAUUUGCAACAGUCUCAAACAGAAAAAUAUAAAACUCUUUUCGAAGAAGCAAACAAAAAGUGUGAUGGAUUACAGCAACAGCUGUCUUCAGUAGAAAGGGAAUUAGAAAAUAAAAGACGACUUCAAAAACAAGCUUCCACUAGUCAAAAUGCUACAGAAGUUCGCUUGAAUAGAGCUCUAGAAGAAGCAGAAAAGUAUAAAUUGGAGCUAAGCAAAUUAAGGCAAAAUAACAAGGAUAUAGCAACUGAAGAACACAAAAAAAUCGAAGCAUUAAAAUCAGAAAACAAGAAGCUAGAAAAACAAAAAGGAGAAUUAAUGAUAGGGUUUAAGAAGCAAUUAAAAUUAAUUGAUGUUUUAAAAAGGCAGAAGAUGCAUAUUGAAGCUGCCACGAUGCUGUCUUUCACUGAAGAGGAGUUUCUAAAGGCACUUGAAUGGGGAAAUCCUUAAAUGGUCUUUACUUAGUCUCUAUAAUCAACAGUAUGUAAUGAAUAUACAUUUUAACUUGUAAUGGUUUGAAUUAUUUUUACUCUUAAGCAAUGACUAUAUUUGAUAAUGAAAUUAAAACAAUUCCAAAGAAUUCCUUAUUUAGGUUGGGGGGAAAUAUAAAAUAAAUAAAAAUUUAACUUUUGAUUCUUUCUUA